CGCACUGACUCUCCAACAGUUAAAGGUGAAACAUCAAUCACCGAUGACCCCACCCAUCAUGUGUUCACUGUUACCAUGAGAAAGCUUCAGAUGAUGGACUCUGGAUAUUACUGGUGUGCUGUAGAGAUCCAGCGCGCUCGAGAUAAGGGAGCAUAUCUACACCUGUCAGUCACUACAGACACUCCUGGACUCUGGGUUAAACAGCAGGAGGUGGCCGGUGUGGAAGGGGGCCAUGUCAGUGUGCCGUGUCACUAUAAUGAACCGAGCAGCAUGAAGAAGUUGUGCAGGAUAAAGGGCUCCUGUGUGGAAGUGAAUUCUGGUGAAUCUGGUAAAUCUGGAAGAUCAGAGAUGAAAGAUGACCGCUCUAAAAAGGUCUUCACUGUGACGGUGAUGGAGCUGAACAUGGAGGACACAGGCUGGUAUUGGUGUGCUGCUGGAGAACUACAGAUCCCUGUUCACCUCACUGUCAAAACUACAAUGACCACAGUCACCACAUAUACCAUCAAGUCUCCCUCUCAAUCCCAUAAGAACAACACACUGAUCACCACAACAGAAGGGGCCUUUAAUGAUGGAAAGACCAGUCCCCCAGAACAAGGAAGCCAGCUGUGUUCUGGACUGCAGACUCUGAAGGUGAAGUGA